GUUCAAGAAGAUGAUGAAUCGCACCAAGUUCGGUAUGGAUGCCGAGGAUGACAUCUACACAGAGGAGUGGGGUCUUGGGCUGCCGUACUUCGAGGGCAAGCCGGUCCCACUUAGGGCGCAGAAGGUCUCCAAGGAGAAGCAGCUUCAGAGGCACAUCCAGGCGCAGAAGCGACAGCGCGCAGCAGCCUCCGCAGGCAACGAGAGCGGACUCUCCAGUUCCCUGGCGUUCACGCCGGUGCAGGGUAUCGAGCUGGCGAACCCGAGCGCUCAGCGGAAGGCUCCGGAUGUUGGCGAGAAAUACUUCUCGAACUCCGCAGGCUUCGUCAACUUGGCGACACCCGUGCGCGGCUGA